AUGCAAGAGCUUGAAGACAUUGUGGGAAAAGCCACAAUUAAGUCGUUUUCAUGGGAAGAGAUACAAAAGAAUUGCCAAAAUCUAGGAAUUGUUUGUGAGGGUCACAACAUCGGAUCUGUCCAUGAUGGGAGUUAUUCAAGUCGUUCUCCAUGGUUUAUUCGUAGGUUAAAAGAAAAACUUAUUUCAAAAACAUUCGAGAAAGUUGGUGAAGAGUUUACUAACGAGGUUUUGGUUGGUAUUUUGAAACACUUUCAAAAGAGGCUCGAAGUACAGACUUUAGGCAAAUCUAACAUUUUUAAAGAUAUCACAGUCAAGGGAAUUGGAACACAUGUGAUGAGCGCCUUUGUUCUUGGCCAGGUUGUAGAACUUUUGAACCCAUUACAAGCGAUGAUAUUGGCUGAUGAAACAUAUGGAAAGGAAACAGUUGUACCGUCUGUAAAUAUCAACUCCGUGGAAUGGCGAAACAAAAUAGGAAAAGAAAUAUAUGACAACAUACAAGCAAAAAAUGUAGAAAUCAUCGAUGAAGUAGUUUACAAAAUGAAGCUUAUUUGUGAUAAGACUGAAACGGAUUUAAUGAGAUUGAGUAAACAACUGGCAACCGCAAGCAGAAAGAUACCCAUUAGAGACCAAAUGAAACUUAUAGAUGAAUGGAUGCUCCGUGAAUUUCGAAUAGAGAAUAUUGAAAGAUGCCCAUCCGUUCUUCACUUUAUAGCAGGAAGAAAGAAAGAUUCAAUCGUUAUGAAAGUAUUUUUACAAAACUCUGAAGCCCAAUCAGAAAUAUUUUGUAGGGAUCAUGUAGUAAAUGUACCUGAUAAUGCUAUAUUUGAAUUUAUUGAUGUAACCUUGAAAUCAGAUACCAAAACGAGCUUUAAAACUAUUAUGCAAAGAGAAGAAAAGGGCUUUCGUAUGAGGAGUGAGACAAAAAAGCGCAUGAAAGACAUUUUAAAAAAUAAAAAAGACGAACUGUUUGCAAAGCAUUCAAAUUUAGUCUCAAUAAGCAUGAGCCCAGUAAACUAUUCUGGAGACGAUGUCAUUCAUAAAGAGUGUAUAGUUUUAUAUUGCCUCGAUGCAGAUCUUAUUCCAUUUGGAGAAGAGCCUUUACCUAAAUCUCUUGAAGAGUUUGAAUGCAACAUUCUAGAAGAUUUUAUUCAGUUUGGAAGAUGUGAGAAUUGUAAAGCCUUAGAUCAUGGAUGUAGCGUUGGGAGAUACGGAGAACUUUCAUCGGGAUCUUUGGGAUUUUUUGCAAAGAAACGAUCACAUUCAUCCCACAAUGGAUUUCUUACUGCUGCCCAUGUGGCAUUAACAGACGAUGUUAUUGCUUCACUGAAUGAAAGAAAACUUUCUGAUUAUUCUUUUCAAAAUGAAAUUUAUCAAAUUGUUCAUCCGUCCUUUGAAGACAGUGCUUCUAACAAUAUCACUGGACAGGUGGAAGAUUCGUUUUUUGGAAAUUACAAUUGUGUUGGAAUAGACGCAGCUUUUAUCAAAACUGAUGCCCUGAUCCAUAAAAAUGAAAUGUAUUAUUCAUCCUUCAGUUUCGACAUAGAUUCCGAUGAAGAGUAUGAUGUCACCAAGAAGGGAAGGACAACUGGCGAAACAAAGGGAAUUUUAAAAGAUUGUACAUUUCUGAUCCGUAGGCCUUUUCCAGACCGUGCUGGAGUUUAUCUUACGUUAGACAACUGCUAUACAGUUUAUGAUUCAAAUUCGCAAAUUUUCUUUUUACCCGGAGAUUCCGGCGCUACCGCGUAUGUUAUAAAUAAAACAGAUAAUACUCGACAACCUCUGGGUCUAGCAUUCGGUAAAAUGACAAACUUUCCAAUAACCUUCGUUUGUCCCAUUGACAAAAUUGCUGAUGUCUUAAACCUUUCUAUUCUUCAACCUGCGGAACCAAUGGAAAUUCCUUAGUUUGAACUUAUGCUACGAAUAUCCAGUGAUGACAUAUAUACGUGUAGUAAAACUAAAUUAUCAGAGAAUUAUCAAAAUGGUUCUUCCUGUUGUGCACAUUGUUUUAGGAAGCUAGCAUAAAACACCAAGUUUACUGUAUGUGAACGAACCAUGUACUUUGUAUUAAAUACAGUGUGUACCAUGCUAUCAUACGCUACUUAUAAAUCAUCUUUUUGACUCGCGAUUUAUAAUUUACACAUAUCACUUGUUAUUUUUCCCUAGUAUAUGUUUUUUGUAUAGAGGAAGCUUUUAUUCAAUUUAAUUUAAAACGACUUCU